AUGUCUUCACCCAUUACCUAUCUGAUCACCGGAGCCAACCGCGGCAUCGGCAAAGGCUUCACCCAAAGCCUGCUUCAACGCCCAAACACAACUGUGGUCGCCGCAGUCCGAGACGUGGCCAAGUCCACUCCAACACUGGAGUCUUUGCCCAAGGCCUCAGGUUCCAAACUCGUCAUCGUCAAACUCGACUCAUCCGCCGAAGCAGACCCCAAGAAUGCCGUCGCUCAGCUCAAAUCCGAGCAUGGCAUCACUUCUCUCGACAUCGUGAUUGCCAACGCCGGAAUCGCGCACUCGGGAACCACUAUCGUCAACACAUCCGCCGAUGCACUCCGCGACCACUUCGCUGUCAACACCAUCGGCCCCAUCCUCCUCUUCCAGGCCGUCAAGCCGCUUCUCCAAGCCAGCAAGUCCGGUAAUCCCAUCUUCCUCGCGAUCUCCACGGUCAUCGGCAGCAUGGGUGCCCAGGCAGGUCUUGCUGGCUUUCCAGAACAGUUCAGCCCGUAUGGCUCUAGCAAGGCUGCACUGAACUGGGCUGUGAACAGGAUGCAUUUCGAGGAGCCGUGGCUCACAUCGUACGUGACGCAUCCUGGUUUGGUGGUCACAGAUAUGGGGAACACUAUGGGUACGCCUGAGGCACUUAAGGCCGCGGGUGCUAUUGAGGUUGAGCAGAGUGUGGGCGGGGUUUUGAGCACGCUGGAUAAGGCGGAGAGGUCGAUUUCGGGAACGUUCCAGAAUUGGGAUGGAACUACACUGCCGUGGUAA